CACACGACACAAAUGGCAGCAACACUUUUCAAUCUCUCAUCACCUUCUUCGCCUUCUACUUUCCUCCAUUCUUCAACAACUCUCAAACCCUUUUCUUCUUCCUCCACUAAACCAACACUUCCAAUCCACUUCAAAAAGAAACCCAUCUCUGUUUCAGCCACCUCUCUCCACUCACCACCCCCAACCGGUGACCCUCCACCGGAGGUCCGGACCUUCUGGCAAUGGUUCCAGGACCAGCGUGUAGUCUCUGCCAAGUCUCCUGUCAGACCCGGAAUGGUCCCUGAAGGACUUGGACUCGUUGCGAAAAAGGACAUUUCCAGGAGCGAGGUUGUCCUGGAAAUUCCUAACCGGUUUUGGAUUAACCAGGAUGCAGUUGCUGCUUCUGAGAUUGCAAGUGUGUGUAGUGGAUUGAAGCCUUGGGUGGCUGUUGCUCUGUUCUUGAUCAGGGAGAAGUUGAGGGAAGAUUCUCAAUGGAAACUUUAUCUCGAUAUACUUCCAGAGUCAACAGAUUCCACUGUGUUUUGGUCAGAAGAGGAGCUAGCUGAGCUUCAAGGAACUCAACUGUUGAGCACAACAAUGGGGGUGAAAGAAUAUGUCCGGAAUGAAUUCUUAAAUGUAGAAGAAGAAAUAAUACUCCCCAAUAAGCAGCUAUUUCCCUCCCCUAUAACAUUGGAUGACUUCUUCUGGGCAUUUGGUAUUCUCAGAUCAAGGGCAUUUUCCCGUCUUCAUGGUCAAAAUCUUGUUUUGAUACCUCUUGCAGACUUGAUCAAUCAUAGCCCUAGCAUAACUACAGAAGAUUAUGCAUGGGAGAUUAAAGGAGCUGGACUUUUCUCUAGGGAUCUUCUGUUUUCUUUGCGUUCUCCUGUUUCUGUCAAGGCUGGACAGCAGGUUUUGAUUCAAUAUGAUCUAGACAAGAGUAAUGCUGAGUUAGCACUUGAUUAUGGAUUCAUAGAAUCCAGAUCUGAUCGCAAUGCUUACACCUUCACGUUGGAGAUAUCGGAGUCAGACCCAUUUUUCGGAGACAAACUCGACAUUGCCGAGACGAAUGGUUUGGGAGAGACUGCCUAUUUUGACAUUGUUUUGGGUCGUCCUCUUCCACCGGCACUGAUUCCAUAUCUACGACUGGUGGCACUUGGGGGAACUGAUGCUUUCCUGUUGGAAUCUAUUUUUAGAAACACAAUUUGGGGCCACCUCGAUUUACCUGUAAGUCGUGCCAAUGAAGAGCUCAUAUGUCGGGUAGUACGCGACGCCUGCAAAUCUGCUCUGUCUGGCUAUCAUACAACCAUUGAAGAGGAUGAAAAGCUGAUGGAAGAGGGAAAUCUUGAUCAGAGGCAGAAAAUUGCAGUAGGAGUAAGAGCAGGGGAAAAGAAGGUGCUGCAGCAAAUUGACGAGAUCUUUAAGGGAAGGGAAUCAGAAUUGGAUUUGUUGGAAUAUUACCAAGAAAGAAGGCUCAAAGAUCUUGGUCUUGUUGGAGAGCAAGGUGAACUCAUCUUCUGGGAGACCAACUAGGACAUGUCAAGGUCCAUGGCAAUUCUAUCCAAAUUUAGUUGGCAUACCAGUUUAAACAAUACCCUUCAAUCUUGUCUGGUGUUGCUGUAGUAUUUAAUAUUGAAUUGCAUAGACCCUAUCUGGUGACCCGAUUGGCUUAUAAAUUGUUAAUGAUUUCCUGGUUAUGCAAUCCCUAUUGUGUAAUAAUUUGUGCUUGGUUUAGGUGUGAAAUCAAUUCUUCACAAUGAGGCAUUUGAGGGAAUAGAGAGAAGGAAACUGUACAAAUAUUGGUUAAUUCAACAGUUAAAUUUUGUGA